GUCGGGUGGAACCCAGAGACCCACCGGCUUGUGCGGGAGUCUCAGUUGAAGCCGUACCAUGAAGCGGAACAAGUUGAUUGUGAUACUGGUACUGACCACCAUCCCGGCGGGGAUCGUGGCCAAGCCGAGGGCCCAGAACCCCCUGGAGAACCUCGGCAUGACGGCCAUGAACCUGGCCGGGAACAUUGCCGAGGCCAUUCAGAGCGGGGCCGCCAUCAACCGCGACAUCAACUUCGACAACCCCCUGAUGUCCGUCCACUCGAAGACAGCUGUUGGAUAUGGGGAUGCGAUGCGGCCUCCGUCCGAGGACUCCUCCGAGGAGGAUCGCCGGAAGCGAAGGAGUCUCCGGAGGUCGAGGAGAGCGCCCUGCUUCUGGAAGAUGACCAUGACCACGGCCGCCUCCUCGGGCGACGACGAUGUCGAGGCCCGCCGGAAGAGGGCUCGCAAGAGGGCCGCCAACAACGCCUCCCGGUCGCGGGUUAGUCCCAAGACCAGUUCCAAGAAGAAGUUCCAUCGGGAGCGGCGUCAAGUCGAAAUGGACCAGAUGCCACCGGGCGCCAUGGCGGGAUCACAGGCUCCGGGCCUCGGGGAUCGCAUCAAGGGCAUGUGGCUCUCGUUCGUGGACAAUGUGACGGAGGUGGUGCAGCAGAUGCGCGAGAAGAUAUCGAGUGCGGCCAACAGUGCCACCGGAUCUGGCUAACAGCCACUAUACCAUAUUUUUUUGUUCUUUUUUUAAGUGUCUUUGGAAAAUUAAAGCAAACUGGAAGCUGGUUAAA